GAUGGAUCAAAAUGAGGUGGGGAAAUGUGCAUUGGGUAAUCACUUGCUAUGUAGCCAGAGAAGGCGAAGUCAAAUAUUGAUCAUUUUCCAGAGCUUAUUACUGAAGUUACCCCUCUGACAUCAAGAAUGGACAUAAGUUAACAAUGACGGGAGAAAAGAAGAAGAAAAAGCGGCUGAACCGCAGCGUUCUUCUGGCUAAGAAAAUUAUCAUAAAAGAUGGAGGCAGUCCCCAGGGGAUGGGUGAUCCCAGCGUCUAUCAUGCUGUGGUGGUGAUCUUCCUGGAGUUCUUUGCCUGGGGGCUUCUUACCACGCCCAUGCUAACGGUCUUACAUCAAACAUUCCCUCAACACACAUUCCUGAUGAAUGGGCUCAUUCACGGUGUCAAGGGUAUUUUGUCGUUCCUGAGUGCUCCUCUGAUUGGUGCGCUGUCAGAUGUAUGGGGUAGGAAGUCCUUCCUGUUGCUAACAGUCUUCUUCACCUGCGCCCCCAUCCCCCUCAUGAAGAUCAGCCCAUGGUGGUACUUUGCAGUCAUUUCCAUGUCUGGUGUGUUUGCCGUCACCUUCUCUGUGAUCUUUGCGUACGUGGCGGACAUCACGGCAGAACACGAGAGGAGCACAGCCUACGGUUUGGUGUCCGCUACCUUUGCAGCCAGCCUAGUGACGAGCCCGGCCAUUGGAGCGUACCUGUCGGAGACGUACGGUGACACCCUGGUAGUUAUCCUGGCUACGGCCAUUGCCCUACUGGACAUCAUUUUCAUCCUGGUGGUCGUCCCCGAGUCGUUGCCCGAGAAGAUGAGACCAGCCUCCUGGGGAGCACCCAUCUCCUGGGAGCAGGCUGACCCCUUCGCUUCUCUGCGGAAGGUGGGCCAGGAUUCCACGGUGCUUCUCAUCUGCAUCACAGUGUUCCUGUCUUACCUGCCUGAGGCCGGACAAUACUCCAGCUUCUUCCUCUAUCUCAGACAGGUACAAAGGUUCAGUUCAGAGACAGUAGCUGCCUUCAUAGCUGUGGUGGGCAUCCUCUCCAUUGUUGCUCAGACGAUGGUUCUGGGGAUUCUGAUGCGCUCCAUAGGGAAUAAGAACACUAUCCUACUGGGCCUAGGCUUCCAGAUACUACAGCUGGCCUGGUACGGCUUCGGAUCUCAACCAUGGAUGAUGUGGGCAGCAGGAGCGGUAGCAGCCAUGUCUAGCAUCACGUUCCCAGCCGUCAGUGCCAUCGUGUCCCGCAACGCAGACCCUGACCAGCAAGGUGUUGUCCAGGGGGUGAUAACAGGUAUCCGUGGUCUGUGUAACGGGCUCGGCCCGGCCUUCUAUGGCUUUAUAUUCUACCUGUUCCAUGUGGAGCUGACUGAUCUGGAUGCUGUAGACAGCCCUGGGAAAGAACCCAAACCUAACAUGGCCAACCCUGCUGAUGAGAGUUCCAUCAUCCCCGGCCCUCCCUUCCUGUUCGGGGCGUGCUCCGUACUGCUGUCUCUGUUAGUAGCCCUGUUCAUCCCAGAGCACAGUGGCCCGGGCGUCCGGCCGGGAGGCUACAAGAAACACAACAACGGGGCCCAGAGCCACUCACACAGCCCUCCCAGUAGUGGGGCUGAGGGCAAGGAGCUGCUACUGGAUGGCAGCUGUGUAUAACACCAGCCUGGGGGCACAAACUCCACACUUGCUCCCCCUGAGCCCAAACAAGUGAACCAUUACUUUCACACAUGUUCCCAGAUGAGUGGCCUCUUCUUCGGGCAGGGAAGAUGCAUGUGUGUGUGUGUGUGUGUGUGUGUGUGUGUCUGAACACCUAGUGGGCUGUGGUUUAUCUGAAGCAGCUGAGGUGUGUGUGUGUGUGAGAGACUCUCUUGGUUGAGCUGAUCUCUGCCCUGAGAGUCUUGACAAGCAGGAAGAGGAUAAAGGAGGUGGGGAUGUAGAGUUCCUGCCAGAGGACUAUGCAUCACACCCAUAUGUCCCACAUGGGUGGGAUCUGGUUGGAGUGAAGGUCCAAGGUUAUCUGAACUGUUACUAAGCUCUGUGUGAUGUAUUUGUCCAAAAUGGCACCCUUGUCCCUAUAUAGUGCACUUCUUUUGACCAGGGCCCACUAGGGAAUAGGGUACCGUUUGUGAUGCAACCCACUCUGACAACAACUGUUCUUUCCCUUAGAGAUGGAGUCAACAACAUAGUCCAGUUUACAAGCUACCAAACUUCUGAUUUUAUUGUCUUAAUAUGGCAGAUGAGAAAGCAGGUCUUCCUCUGUGUGUCCAAAGCAGGGAGAGAAGUUACCGUAUGCCUCCAAAAUGACCCCUAUUCCCUUUAUAGUGCACUACUUUUGACCAGCCUCUGGUGCACUAUAAAGGGAAAGCGGGUGCAAUUUGGGAGGCAAACACUGUAGAACUUGAGGAGAGCCUCUGAAGAUCCAUCUAAGAACCACUACCCAUCCAGAUGGGGACAGCACAAUAGACAUCAACCUUUCAUGAUUUUUUCCAGAGGGACUUGAACCUAACAUUUGACUGACCAACCUCCCAUUCCAUUGAAUAUCACAUUUAACUGAGUUGUGUGUAAACCACUUUAGUUUUUCAAUGUUUACCUUCCUGUCGUCUGUUCCGUUAGAUUAGCAGACAGUACACGACCUUUUGGGUUGGAUAUGUUUCCUGUGUUCAUCACACACUUAAGGCUAGUUGUGUUCGAAGUUUUUAUUCCAGAGAAAUGUUGCCUUGGAAGUGACGUUGUCUUCAUAUUAAUAUAUUACAACAACCUGUAUGAAGACUGUUGUCUGACUGUCUGAGGUGGGUCUGUAAUUGUUGCUUUCGUUGCUAUUGGAGCCUUGUUCUCUAAUUCUACUCCUCACAACCCUCUUCGAUGUGAAUCUAGGCACAACUGUAGUUAACACACAGACUGGCAUGACUUUAGUUCUGUUAACAACUUGCCCAUAGACUGUUUCUGGUUCUUUAUUCACAAAGUGUCUUGAGUGCUGAUCUGGGAUCAGUGUUGCCUGUUGGAUCAUAGUGAAUAUGAUUAUAUGGUCGGGGGACAUCCUGAGCCAAGAUCAGCAUUCCUACUGUAAGAUACUUGGUGAAUAAGUUUCCUGAUCUGUAAUGUUGGUAUCAAUGUGAGCACUGAUAUAGUUAAUAAAACGGUCUGUAGUAGUAAUAUUAUUACGUUCAGUAAAAAUGCAUAAUUUGUUCUGCGGUAGGAUAGUAGGUUAAAUGUUGUGGCAUUAGACAAGGCUGCAAAUGUGGUUUUAGCUCCCGUGUCUGUCCGUCUUUGACUGCAAAGGUGUUGCAGAUACUACUGUCAAUCUUUGCUGUUGUACUUUUGAAACAAUAGAUUUUUUUGUUGUUGUAAAUGAGCCUCAAGUGCAUUGAAAUAACCAAAUAGAACUGAUUGAUGUCAAAAUGUUGGACAUUUUCAGAAUUUCUAUUUAGUCAAAUUAUUAACUGUUUUGUGCCAUAUUUUUAAAAAAAAAUGAAAACACAAGGAAUAGGUAACAUUAAAGUAUUAGAACAUGAAGGACAAACACUACAGCAUCAAGACACUAUCAAACACUACAGCAUCAAGACACUAUCAAACACUACAGCAUCAAGACACUAUCAAACACUACAGCAUCAAGACACUAUCAAACACUACAGCAUCAAGACACUAUCAAACACUACAGCAUCAAGACACUAUCAAACACUACAGCAUCAAGACACUAUCAAACACUACAGCAUCAAGACACUAUCAAACACUACAGCAUCAAGACACUAUCAAACACUACAGCAUCAAGACACUAUCAAACACUACAGCAUCAAGACACUAUCAAACACUACAGCAUCAAGACACUAUCAAACACUACAGCAUCAAGACACUAUCAAACACUACAGCAUCAAGACACUAUCAAACACUACAGCAUCAAGACACUAUCAAACACUACAGCAUCAAGACACUAUCAAACACUACAGCAUCAACACACUAUCACACACUACAGCAUCAAGACACUAUCACACACUACAGCAUCAAGACACUAUCAAACACUACAGCAUCAACACACUAUCACACACUACAGCAUCAAGACACUAUCACACACUACAGCAUCAAGACACUAUCAAACACUACAGCAUCAAGACACUAUCAAACACUACAGCAUCAAGACACUAUCAAACACUACAGCAUCAAGACACUAUCAAACACUACAGCAUCAAGACACUAUCAAACACUACAGCAUCAAGACACUAUCAAACACUACAGCAUCAAGACACUAUCACACACUACAGCAUCAAGACACUAUCAAACACUACAGCAUCAACACACUAUCAAACACUACAGCAUCAAGACACUAUCAAACACUACAGCAUCAAGACACUAUCAAACACUACAGCAUCAAGACACUAUCAAACACCACAGCAUCAAGACACUAUCACACACUACAGCAUCAAGACACUAUCACACACUACAGCAUCAAGACACUAUCAAACACCACAGCAUCAAGACACUAUCAAACACUACAGCAUCAAGACACUAUCAAACACUACAGCAUCAAGACACUAUCAAACACUACAGCAUCAAGACACUAUCAAACACCACAGCAUCAAGACACUAUCAAACACUACAGCAUCAAGACACUAUCAAACACUACAGCAUCAAGACACUAUCAAACACUACAGCAUCAAGACACUAUCAAACACCACAGCAUCAAGACACUAUCAAACACCACAGCAUCAAGACACUAUCAAACACCACAGCAUCAAGACACUAUCAAACACCACAGCAUCAAGACACUAUCAAACACCACAGCAUCAAGACACUAUCAAACACCACAGCAUCAAGACACUAUCACACACCACAGCAUCAAGACACUAUCACACACUACAGCAUCAAGACACUAUCAAACACUACAGCAUCAAGACACUAUCAAACAUGUAUCAGUCGUUCUGCAACAGAGCCAUCCUUGUGUGAGGGGGCGUGUGCAUGAGGGAUAUAAAAUGUCAGUUUCCUUUUUCAUAAUCACAAUGUUUGUUUUUGUAAAUUUGUUUGACUUAAGCUUUUUUCUCUUUUUUUUGUUGCAAAGUUUAAGUGCUAUUUUUGAAUAGCUUUUAACACUUAGAUGUUCCAAUGUUUUUAUUUGUGGUUUUCUUAAACAUUUUGGGUGUUUAUUGAAUCUUAAGCUUUGCUUUUAAAAACGUUUAAUUUAUCAACGGUCAGUUCGAUUUAACAAUAAGCUGUUAAUUUCGGUGAAAUUGUAUCAAUAGAUGACAUCACUAGCAUAAUUGAAUGUUCUAAGGAAUACAUGUUGUUAUGCCAACCAAACAAACUCUUUGUCAUUUCAACUGAGUUAGCAGUGAGGCCAUUAAACUUCUGCUCUACCGGUGUGUCCCGACUGGCACCCUAUGGGCCCUGGUCAAAAGUAGUACACAACAUAGGGAAUAGAUAUGCCAAUGCUCCAGAACAUAUUGAAUUGGACCAACAACACACUUAAUGACAGUACAGCCAAUGACUAAGAUCCUAUAUUAAUAAUUACAAUUGAUUCUGUACCAGCCACAACCCCAUUUACAACUCAAACAUGUAUUUCAGUCAAUGUACAAACAUUUGUUUACUUAACGCGUGUGUGUGCACAAAACAUGAGGAAAACCUCCCUCAUAUUGAGUUGGACCUUCUUUUUGCCCUCAGAACAGCCUCAUUUGGUCAGGGCAUGGACUCUACAAGGUGUAGAACGCGUUCCACAGUGAUGCUGGCCCAUGUUGACUCAAUGCUUCCCACAGUUGUCAAGUUGGCUGGAUGUCCUUUGGGUGGUGGACCAUUCUGAUACACACAGGAAACUGUUGAGCAUUAAAAAACCCAGCAGUGUUGCAGUUCUUGACACAAAUCCGUGCGCCUGGUACCUACUACCAGACCCUGUUCUAAGACUCUUAAAUCUUUUGUCUUGCCCAUUCACCCCCUGAAUGGCACACAUACACAAUGCAUGUCUCAAUGAUCUUAAAAAUCCUUCUUUAACCUUUUUUCCUCCCCUUCAUCUACACUGAUUGCAGUGAAUAUAAGAAGUGACAUCAAUAAGGGAUCAUAGCUUUCACCUGGUCCCUCUGUCAAGGAAAGAGCAGCUGUUUCUAAUGUUUUGUACACUCUGUGUGUAUGUUAAAAGGAGAUUGGAUCCUACUGGUCUGAUUGGUACAGUAGUGUGGCGCAACUAUACUGAACAAAAAUAUAAACGCAACAUGCAACAGUUUCAAAGAUUUUACUGAGUUACAGAUCAUUUAAGGAAAUCAGUCAAUUGAAAUAAAUAAAUAAUGCCCUAAUCUAUGGAUUUCAAAUGACUGAGAAUACAGAUAUGCAUCUGUUGGUCACAGAUACCUUAUCAUGCUGAAACAUGAGGUGAUAGAGGUGGAUGAAUGGCUGAACAAUGGCCCUCAGGACCUCCUCACGGUAUCUCUGUGCGUUCAAAUUGCCAUCGAUAAAAAUCCAAUUGUGUUUGUUGUCUGUAGUUUAUGCCUGCUUAUGCCAUAACCCCACCACCACCACCAUGGGGCACUCUGUCCACAGCGUUGACAUAUGUGGCCUGCAUUUUGUGAGGCCAGUUGGAGCCGACUUAUGGUAGAGGUAGAGAAAUCAUGAGGAUAAAAAGAAGAAACCCACACACUUCUUGCUAGUAUCACUGCUCUUGUUAAGCUUCACGUAUCAGCCUCGAGGCCUUCAUCAGAGCGCUAGACAAAUUGACAUUUCAGCUCUGGUGGACAUUCCUGCAGUCAGCAUGCCAAUUGCAUUCUCCCUCAUCUUGAGACAUCUGAUGCUUGUGUUGUGUGAUGACAAAAAUGCACAUUUUUAGAGUGGCCUUUUAUUGUCCCCAGCACAAGGUGCACCUGUGUAAAGAUCGUGCUGUUUAAUCAUAUUCUUGAUAUGCUACACCUGUCAGUUGGAUGGAUAACUUGUCAAAGGAGAAAUGCUCACUAACAGGGAUGUAAACACAUUUGAGAGAAAUUCGUUUUUUGUGCAUAUGAAACAUUUCUGGGAUCUUUUAUUUCAGCUCAUGAAACAUGGGACCAACCCUUUUACACAUUGCGAACAUUUUUGUUCUGUAUAUAUUUCUCAUACUGACCGUGGUUCUGUGGGUCGCUCCUGUUUUGUAGUCCGAUGUGGCCUGAGCCUCCCCUCUGUGACUGGACCGGUGGAGGAUGAUUAUCAUAAUAGCAUGUAAACAUGGGAAUCUAAUGGCAAAGUAUUUAUUAAAGAUUUAUUGUACAUUGA